CUUGGCGGAGCUGAAGACGUGCGUUAAGAGUGAUGGAGGUACAAGAUCUCUGGAUCCCCUAUAAAAACCCCUAAGAUUUCUCCCGUUGGGCCAGACAUAUAUGUAGGAUUCCCGCGAUAUUAAUAACAAUAACAAACUCAGCCAUUUGCAGAACAGGGAAUGAGAGGAGGAUUUGAUGCACGCGUGAAAAUCGGAUGCCGCACCGCCGCGCGAUGGAAAUAACAGGAUAACGGGAUCCAAGCGGCUUUUUUCUACUGAUGGAAGCGGCACCAAAAUAAACGGGCCAGUUGCGAGCACGUGUUUUUUUUUUUUUUUUUUUUUUUUGACUAACAGUUAGUCGGUUUGUGGCUUUUUUUCUUGCAAUACAUCGGCGGGAUGGUGUCUUUGAGAUGCCACAGGAGCAAGUAUAUUUGGGCCACUCUGGGGGUGCUGGCGUUGUUGUGGCUGUACAUCUUCCCCGUAUACAGGAUACCCAGCGACAAGGAAAUGGUGGAGGAGGUUCUGCGGCAAGGACAGACAUGGAGCAGGAACCAGACCGCGGUGGAACUGUACAGGAAGCUGCUGACAGAUUGCUGUAACCCAAAGAGGAUGUUUGCGGUUACUAAGGAGAAUUCGCCAUUAGGCAAAGUCUUGUGGUAUGAUGGUGAAUUCUACCACUAUCACACAGUCACCAAUGAGACCUACCCCAUCUUUGUACAUACAGCCUUUCA